AUGGGAAAGGGUUUAGUAAUGAUGUUCAAUGAUUUUAAAGAGAUUGAAUCCACUCAUUCCAUUGCCAUUUCAGCAUCAGGAAUAGAAGAUAGUGUUGCUUUCUAUUCUGAAAUAUUAAGAAAUGCUAAACCAAAUGAAAUGUGGUCUGACAUCUUUGCUAAAUGUUCAAAUCCACCCUAUGGGUUGAGAAUUAAUACAACUGAGGACAUUGCAAACCUAAUCACUGAAUAUUACAAUGAUCAUGAUGGAAGUUGUGAAAAUUAUUGUUGGGAUGAGUAUUUAUUAGAAGGAAAUAGCUCAUGGUCAUUAUAUUGGCUUUCUGGUGCAGAGUGGUGGGGAUGCUAUUCACUCACUUCGUACGAUUUCACAAAGGAGAGAUUUGUCGUGGCCACUGCUUCCACUACUGAUUAA